AUGGGUCAGGUGCAACGGCCCUCAGUCCUCGUCCGCGCCCGCCCCGAUCUCGACGACGAUCUCGCCUCCGCUCGCGCCGCCUCCGCUCGCGCCGCCGCCGCCGCCGCGCUCGCGUCCGUCGUCGCCGCGGCGUCGAUCCAUCUCGCGCGCGCGACGCCGCCCGCCAUCGCGGCGGCGGCGUCGGCGUCGGAGGCGUCGGGUUACGUCGGCGUGGGUCUCGAGGUCUACGUCGCGCCGGACGGCUACCCCACGGUUAUCGAGUUCCUCCCCACGAAGACCAGCGGCCCCGCGCACGACGCGGGCGUUCGGAUAAACGACAAGAUCGCCGCGGUGAACGGCGCGGAGACGCGCGCGAUGCGGUGCCUGGCCGACGUCGCGAGCGCGCUGCGCGGCGGCGGCGCCGGCGGCGACGCGGUGGAAUUGACGCUGCUGCGACGACGAGGUCGGACGACGGAGACGGUGGCCGCGAGCGUGACGCGCGUCGGGGGGAUCACGCCGAACCCGCGGAGUUGCUUUGUCAGUUCGUGCGCGCGCGUGUGACGACGUGCGCGACGGGCGCGAGCGCUCGGUCGUAGUCGUAGCCCUACAGUACGCUCAGCGGGCACGAAGGAAGGUACACGUACAGUACGCGC